CCACUCUCUCGCCUCGCACCUCCAGCAGCCGUGACGUCAGCCACGCGACCGGCCAGGGGACGUCAUCACCCGCUGCCCGCCCGAGGUCGCCCAACUUUCCGGAUCGUGGAGGCGCUGCAAGAGUUUGAGGAUUUAAUUUAAAAUCUACAACAACCUGCGUCUGGCUCUCGCCGCGUCUGCCUCUGCUGGAGUUGAAUCCUUGUCGGCCGUGCGUUUACAGUUCACCCCCACCCACACUCAGAUUAGCAGAUUUCCUCGAUCUUUUCAUUCAUUCCGCUUUCCAAAUAUUUACAAAUGUGAGACACUUCCGAGGCCUAAUUAUCGCUCUGGGAACAAGAAUUGCGAGAAAAAAACAUUGCUUUCGUUGUUAACACUUAACGUGCUGCUGGCGAGUACUUGUCAGAACUUCCAUGUGUUCAAUCUGAUUUUUGUUCCUGAAUUCUCUGUUACACUAUAUUAUCGGUUCAGGUAAUUCUGCUUCACUGUUAUGCCGCGGGAUAUCUGCAGCAUUUUCAGACUGUUUGCCAGGCUCGUACAGCAAUAGGUGCUGAUAUGCAUACAACUAGAAAAAUGAACCUUUGAAUGACCCUUAUGUUGUGCUGCAAUGAAAAGAAGCAGAGUCUUGUGCUGCUCUUGCUGGGAAGUUCACAUUGUGGGAUUCCUUCCUUUUUGGAGAAAGGGAUUCGCCAUGAGGUGUUGAUACCUUAUUUUAAAAUUUGGAGACAUAGGACCUAAAUGGCGCAGCAUGACUUUGCUCCAGCCUGGCUUAAUUUUCCAACUCCACCUUCAUCAACCAAGCAGUCUCUCAGCGUCGAGAAGAAUCCCGAAACAUUUGUCCGACCGGAAAAUCGUUAUGAUGUGAAUCGCAGGCGACACAAUUCUUCAGAUAGUUUGGAGUCUGCUGGGGCCCGUUCUGGUGGAGGAAACUUUGGAAGAAAAGAGAAGAAUGGUUGGCGGACACACACAAGGGGCACAGACACAGUAAAUCCAAGAAGUGGUUACCAUGGAGGAAAUUCCCGUGCCCGAAGUGGUACUUUUCAUGGAGGAAAAGCUCCACCGUUGCACGAAAAUAACUUAACGGAAGAAGAAAAUGCAAAGAGGGAAGAAAAGGAGAAGACUAAACAAUUUGAGGCUGAGGAUUUUCCAUCUCUCAAUCCUGAGGCGAAAAAAGAACUUGGCAAGAACAAAUCCAUCGCUGGAGUAUGGGAAAAUCCUCCAAAUCCAAAAUCUAGAAUGUCUAAAAUGCUGGUCAUUAAAAAGGUCCUUAAAGAAGAACCAAUACUCCCAGGAUACCCUCUGACAGGGGUUUCUCAUCCCCAGCCUGUGAAGAAUGGGACAGGACCCAAUGUGUAUAAGGCAUUGGUUCCCAAAGCCGCUGGUCCUCCUGCAAAGCCGGCGCAAUGGAAAGGCUCAGCAAAGGAGAACAAACAUGGAACUCCCUUUGUCAGCUUCAAUGCGCUUCUGAAACCUGUACCUCAGACCUUCAGUUCAUCACCAAACUCUUUGAAGGAGAGUAGUCGGUCAAAUUCCUCUUCACCAAUUGAUAUAGCAAGUCAACCACGUCUGUUGAAACUGACACGCAUGCGAUCUGACAAGAAAAGUGAAUUUCUGAAGACUUUGAAACAGGACAAGCCGGGUGAAGGAUAUCAAGAUGAUGGAGAUAAUGUGGAUAAAGAAAAGGAUUAUGAAAUGUUUAACAUGCAACACAACAAGAAUACUCAUCAAGAGAGAGACAAAAACAGAAAUUUUGAUAAAAAUGGCGAUUCCAGGGAGAAUGGAAAUUCUCGACUUCUAUCCCAGACAACUAUUCGCUCUUCAGCAUUCCCCCAAUCUAAUAUUUUAUCAAGUUCGUUGGAAGCUGAGCAUAGGCUGCUCAAGGAGAUGGGUUGGCAGGAAGAAAGUGAAAAUGAUGAAACGUGUGCUCCAUUAACAGAGGAUGAGAUGAGGGAAUUCCAGGCCAUCAGUGAACAGCUCCAGAAAAAUGGCCUUCGCAAAAAUGGUCUUCUGAAAAAUGGCCUGACUUGCAACUUCACGUGGAAGAGCACUUACAAGCCUACUGUUAAUGAUGACACAGAGACAAGCAGCAGUGAUACAUCUGAUGAUGAUGUGUGAGAGGUUAAAGAGACGUAAAAAUGAUUUGGGUAUAAUUAUUAUCGUUGUGGUAAACUGCCAAAAAUAAACAGCAUUAAAAGCAGUACAAUACCCCACCCAGAAGAAAUUUGAGGGGGCUUCUUUGUUCCAGAAUGGACAUUGUUGGACUUGGCCUAAUUUGAACUUUGCUUAAUGCUUUGUAAUGGCCUUUUGUAGUAAUGAGGAUUUCAGUUGGAUUUAGCAUUGAUCUGCUUCAUCACUGCUGAUCAGAGGAUACAUUACUACAAUGUGAAAAAAAGUUAUUGAUCAUGGGAUAAUUCACAGAUCUAAUAAACCGAAUUGAAGUUCAAAUUGUGUAUUGUUCCAUGGAGCUUUUGGCUUAAUGUUGUUCCAUUUGUUGAGAAGCAGCAAAUAGAAAACACAGUAUCCUGCUUGCUGAUUCAUAUUCAUUACCAAAACUGGACUCUGCAAGUCCACUGUCUACAGGAAAAUGGGUGAUCUGGCAUGUUGGUCAAAGUGGAUGCAGUAAACUCGUUGUUGCCGCAACCGAAUGAGUGCUCUUGUACCGUUCCAAUUCUUUCUCAAAGUUAAUUGCUUUUCUAACCAUUUGUAGUUUUUUUUUAAGUCAUAUUUCUUCAAUUUGUAGAAAGAAGAAUUCUGAGAUCAAGAGCUUUAUCCGCGCUACACAAAGCCUUGAUAUUCAGGGUGGACUGUACAAAGCAAACUAUUGAAAAUUGACGGAUUAUUUUGAUAAAAGUAGUUAUAUACAAGUCUUACCAAAGGGUUAUGAUCACAGUUGCUGGAUCUAUUCACUAAAUGGAAUAAAAACUGGAUUUGCAGCAA